UUUUUUCACAAAAUAACCAUCAAUCAAUAAUGCCCAAUUUAAAUAAACGUAUUCGUUCAAAUUCAAUGGAAAGCUCUUCUUCUGACAAUACAAUUGUGCCAAACUUAAACUUAUCACCAGAUCAGCUAUCGCAGAUAGCUGUGAUGGUUGCAGAAUUAUUAAAGCCAUCAAUUGAAACAAUUAUUCAGACAACUGUCAGUGAAAUUUUUAAGCAAAAUUCCAAUAAUUUAAACAAUAUUAACACAAUCAACAAAAAUAAUCAAAAUCAUAAUCAAAAUAGCCCACUCUGGGGUCAACCUCCAUCAUUUAUUACAGACAACAAUUUAUUUUCGAAAAUGGCGACAUAUGCUGCGGAAAAUCCUGACACAAUCAACAAAAAAUCAAAAAUAGCCGUGGUUGAAAGGAUGCCUUUUAUAAGCGAGGAAGAUGACAAGCGAAUUGUUGACGAAAUUAUAAUGUUUCUCGUAACUAUUUUAUUCAACAAUUUCAUAGCAUUUCUCGUACCAUUUCCACAAUUCCCAACAAUGUAUUUGCUCGCCGUGACCUUAGUCCUCCUGAGCUACAAUUUUUGUAUCAAUUACGUAGGCAUGCCUACUCACUAA